ACAUUAAAAGAUAAAAAAAAAACACUUGAAAACCUGAACUAAAGGUACAGAGAAGACGACCGUCGUGUUCUUCUUCUCAAGUGUGUGUAAAGCAGAAUUCUUCCCCAAAAACACAGGAAAUCAGAUUAUCACCAAUAACUUUCCAAGUUUAUUACUCAGUACUGGUUGCAGUGUAUGUUCGAAUAUAAGGAAUUCAUUUGCUUUGGAACAACAUAAUCUGUAAUAAUAACGGGAUUUCCGGACGGGAAACGGUAUGUCGUUAAAAAUAGAGCUCGCUAGAGCUCUGAUCAUAUCGAUGGUGCUGGCGAAUCUGACAUUGGAGAUCCGCUCUGCCAGCCUUGUUCCGGGGGAUGAUGAUUCGGCCGAUUUCGGUACACCACCAACCGCACCCGUGGUAGAACAUAGGACCAAUGGCACGGGAAAAGUGCAGCCAUCUCCGGGUGAUCCACCGACUGAGCGUAAAUUUGUGUGCGAUGAAGAAAAAGAAAUAAGGUCGAAAGAGGAUAAGGUCCUUUGCGAGUUGUACAACAAUCUAACAGUGGUGCUGUCUAGCCGACGACUUGGCCAGAUUGAUGAAGAAAAUAAACAGAUGGCUGAUAAAGAUGAUCAGGGGCCAGAUAAGUUCUGCAUAAAUCUCUCAAAGAUUCUUCAAAACGUUGAGGCCACUGACGAGGCGAAAGAAGAGUGGCUGCGAAAUGGAACAAAGAAACUCAAGAACAACAUAGGUUGUACUAUUUCCUGCUAUUUUUCGGAUGAAGAGCAACCAAAUGAUAACGGUUUUAAAGUAAAGCCAGUCUGUCUUAAGCUCCUGUCGAGGUUUGAGAAGCUGCUACUACCACAGAAGCAUGCUCCGGCGGUGAAGGAAGAUGUCAUUCCACGGCAGCCUGCCGAAGAUAUUUUAAAAAACAACCAGGAAGGCAACAAAAAUAUUGGUGAUAUAAAAGAUAAUAAUACCAAGAUAGCAAGUGCAGAGCUCUUUGCGACGCCCAAAAAAAUGUCUGAUGGCACAACCGACAAGAAUGCGGCAAUUUCGAAAGCUAGUGAUGGUGAUGAGAGUGUCAACCCGGUCCAAAAAUUGGAUGAAGGGAAACCACAGGAAAUCGAGGAUCCAGAGAAGGAAAAUAAUAAAAAUAUUGCCGCGAUGAACGGUGAUGCGAACGUGAAUAACGUGUCCGACGAAGCCGGCGGAAUGGGAGGCGCAGCCCCGGAUGAUGAAACUGCAAUGUAUGAAGACAGUGCCGAAGAACAAACGAUAGAUAACAACGGCCAGACCGUGGAAGCUCCAAAGGAGAUCCCACUGAAGGAGAAGCUACCAUCUCUACAAUCGGAGCAGAACUCCGACGGUGUAAGUCUAAACGAGGUGCAGCGUGAGAAGUUUAAAGAGGAUCCAUUCUUCGAGGAAACCGAUUCCAAUUUCUUCGCCUACUUCCUGAUCACUAUGUUCGGUUGCAUCGCCUGUUAUGUGGUGUAUCACAACAAGUCGAAACUUCUGGCCCUGGCUCUGGAAGGUAGAAAAUCCAGUUCCGGUCGGGGAGGCUUCAACAAAAGUAGGAAACAUACCGCCGCAUACAGGAAGCUUGAUUCGAACCUGGAGGAGGCAAUAACAUCCAACACGGCCGCCAGCAAUCGAUCACCGUCGCAGAUUAUUUACUAGAUACAGAGAUUCCACUAACCAGUGGACUUAUUUAUAAAACAGAAAAUUCAUUCAUCGCCCAGAAUCAUAUUAGAGGAAAAUUUUCUUUCUUCAGCUGCAAUCUAUCCUACUUCAUAUACAUUUGUUUAGACACUUGUAAUUCACACCAUAAAAGCCUUGCCGUUUGGAACCCUAAGCAACACGAAUGAUAUCAUUUUGGCGAUAGAGUAUCGGGAAGACACACUCUAACUUGUAGAAUAUAUAAUGGAAGAAACCGGGACUCAGCAGCUGCUUUGCAUUGAUUGAAGCCGCUUGUUCUGCUGACGUUGCUGGAUAGUUCCGCCAAGAAAACGCAACGCAAAUGAAAGUGACAGUAAUUAUUGAACUUAAGAAAAUAAAAAUCAAAAUAAUAUUUUUUGGCCAUUGAAAUGUGUAAUGCACUUUGUAUAUAAUAAGAUUGAUGUGAGGACACUAUUGCAAAAACGCGAUAGCGGACGCAAACAAAAAACGUAGUUCUAUGUUACGGCGCAUAUUAUCAUCUCGCUUUCUUGCAAAAAAACAGUGUGUUCUUCUGCUAUAAGUAAGCUGGACUGAAAAGAGUGCGAUAAAAAGUGUAUUUUUUUCCUAAUAAAAUCGAUGAAACAAAUCCCGAA